AUGUGUUUUAAUUACGCGUUACAGCGUACAGUCGAGGAAAUGAUCACUUAUGUUAAAGAAGCGCAACAAUACGAGAAAAAGAUCUUCUACAAGUACAUCAAGAAAUGCUAUGUUUUCUGCGGUGGUUCCAUGGCAUGUACGUAUGUGACAGCGACUUGUUUUUCGUUACGACCUAUAGUAUUGCCAGUUUCUCUCCCAUUUGACGCGGAGUAUCCAUUUCCUAUCAAUUAUACAUCAAUGUAUGUUAUCAUAUAUAUGCACCAUGCUUGCCUUUGUAUUCAAACCGCUGCACACGUAUGCGUAAGCUCAUUUGGGGCGCUUUUACUUUGGUUUACGGUAGCGAGAUUUGAGUGUUUAGCCGCGGAAUUGGAGAGGAGCACAGACAUUGAUGCGUUGGUUGUUUGCGUAAAGAAGCAAUUACAUUUAAAAAGAUACGCGGAAGAAGUGUUUAAUAGUUUUCGAUUUUUGGUACUGUAUGCCAUUGGAGUAGCCACGUUUGGCAUUACUCUGUGUUUUCUUAUGAUGCUUGUGAAUGUACCUCUAUUUGUGAAACUACAGUUUAUAGGCGUAUGUGUCACUGUACUUAUGGAAAUUUACUUGUACGCGUGGCCAGCUGAUUAUUUGAAAGAUAUGAGUAUUGACGCUCCACAAAGUAUAUAUAACUCAACAUGGUAUGAACAGAAAUUGGGAAUGCAGAAAAGUCUACUGAAUGUGUUAUUAUAUCGGCAACCGCUAACGCUUUCAAUCGCAUGUAUAGUACCAGAGCUCUCUUUGCGUUACUACUGUUCGUACCUGUCCAAUGCCUUCUCCAUCUUCACUACUUUGCGCGUUAUCUGUAUAUAUCGAACUCUGGCACCAGUUAAAUCUAUUGCAUUAGAUUCACAGGAACAAACACUUUUCGAAGUCAUGACGAAACAAAUAACACCGGAGAAAGUUAUUCACAUUACGUGGCUCAGUGUAGUUAUAACUCUUUGUUGGCCGCUUCCUAUCAACAGCAACAGAAAUAAAAUCUUUUAUUUCAAGAUAUUGCAGAUCUGCAGUAUUAUAAGCGCCUGUUUGCUAUUUCUGCCAAUGCUAUAUUUUUGCUAUGUACACUUUGAUGAUCUGGUCGUUACUUCCUCGUGUGUCUGCCUUACAAUAGGUGUAUCACAAAAUAUAUUUCAGACUAUUGUAUGCUGCGUCAAACACGUGUCUUUACAGCGUAUAGUCGAGGAAAUGAUAGUUUGUAUCAAAGAAGCGGAACGAUAUGAACGAGAAAUUUUCCACAAGUACAUCAAGAAAUGCUAUGUUUUCUGCGGUUGUUCCAUAGCAUGUACGUAUGUGACUGCGGUUGGUUUUUCAUUACGACCUGCAAUUUUGCCAGUUCCUUUCCCAUUUGAUGUGGAAUAUCCGUUUCCCGUAAAUUAUACAUCAGUAUAUAUUAUCAUAUAUAUGCAACAUGUUUGCGUUUGUUUUCAAUCCGCUGCGCAAAUAUGCGUAAGCUCGUUUGGAGGGCUUUUACUUUGGUUCACGGCAGCGAGAUUUGAGUGUUUGGCCGUGAAUUUGGAGCGGAGCACAGACACUGAUACAUACGGAGAAGAAGUGCUUAAUAGUUUUCGUUUUAUGGUACUUUACGCUGUUGGAGUAGCCACAUUUGCUUUGACUUUGUGUUGUAUUAUGAUGAUCGUAGAUGUACCUCUGUUCGUGAAGAUACAGUAUAUAGGUGCAUGUGUUACUGUACUUACGGAAAUUUACUUGUACGCAUGGCCAGCUGAUUACUUGAUAGAUAUGAGCAUGGGCAUCCCGCAAAGUGCAUAUAAUUCGACCUGGUAUGAUCGGAAGUUGGAAAUGCAGAAAAAUCUACUGAACCUGUUAACAUAUCAAAAACCAUUAGUACUUUCCAUAAGAUGUAUAGUGCCAGAACUCUCAUUGCGUUAUUAUUGUUCGUACCUGUCCAAUGCCUUCUCCAUCUUCACUACUUUGCGCGUCAUGAUACAGAAUUAAUUCAAGAUGAAUAUGCUCUGAACGCGGUUUUAUUCCUAUAAAGAACCAUUCUUUGUGAUAAUCGCGAUUAAUGUCACUCUAUUUCAUAACAAAUCGUGUAUUAACAUUGACUUUUUGUGGACUUUUAUGAACAAAAAUAUUUAUUUGAGUGAAGACCA